UUUGAAUAAAAAAUAAAAACAGAUCAUCAUUUUACAAACACGAUUUUUUACGAUUUAAUAUACCUUAAUGGUUUUUCACAUUUCUGUGUUCUCUGCUGCGUCUAAUACACACAAAAAGCACUUACAAAGCACAUUUUUUCAUAUAUAUAUCUAUACCUAACAAUAUAUUUUCUACUCGAUUCGCAUCAAGUCAUUCCAUGAUCUGCGAUAGAGCUUUAGUUAGUAGAGGAAAAGUCGCGGUGGGAGAUAAAACUCCCAUGGUAUCAGUAGAGCUAAAGUAGUCUUACACAAAAUGUCAGAGACUAUAGUCGCACGGACUGCUCUAGGUCCCAUUCGUGGUGUUAAAAGUGAAGGUGUUUGGGGUGCAAAGUAUCUCAGCUUCUUCCGUAUCCCCUAUGCUAGGCCACCCCUAGGGGAGCUCCGGUUCAAGGAUCCCCAACCUCCAGAGGCAUGGGAAGAUGUUCGCGAUUGCACGGCUGAGAGCAUGGGGUGUGCCCAGAAGAUGAUUUACCUUGAAGGCUUUCAUGGCGAUGAAGAUUGUCUUCAUGUUAAUGUUUUCACAAAGAACCAAAAUCCAAAAAGGCUACUUCCUGUGAUGGUCUAUGUUCACGGGGGCGGAUUCAUUUGCGGCGCUGGCACAAAAAUUAUGUAUGGUCCGGAUUAUUUUAUUGAGAAAGAUGUGAUCUUGGUCACAUUGCACUACCGCGUGGGUGCCUUUGGGUUCUUGAGCCUUCAGGAUCCAACACUCAAUGUACCCGGGAAUGCUGGGCUGAAGGAUCAAAUUAUGGCACUCAAGUGGGUGCGUGAGAAUAUUUCCUUCUUUGGUGGAGAUCCCACAAAUGUGACUCUCUUCGGGGAAAGUGCUGGAGGUGCAUCAGUGCACUACUUGCUGCUCUCAGAUUUAGCAAAGGGUCUCUUUCAUCGGGCUAUUGUGAUGUCUGGAACUGCAUUUGAUCCGUGGGCUUUUCCACCUGAUCUCGAUUGGGCAGCUCGACUAGCUAAGGCUGUUGGGUGGAAUGGUGAAGGAGGUGAAGCAGGAAUGUUGGACGCCCUACUGAAGGUCGAUCAAGAGACUCUGGCAGAGAAACAGGGAGAUUUUAUGACGCAUGAGAAUCGCAAGAAUGGCGUUCUCUUCCACUUUGGCCCAGUUGUGGAGCCACAAUGGAGUCCCAAUCGCCUCGUUACAGCAUUCCCCAGAGAAAUGGCUAGAAAUGCAUGGGGAAAUUCCAUUCCAAUAAUGAUUGGUGGUUGCUCCGAGGAAGGAUUUUUACUUUACAAAGAAAUUACAACAGAUAAACAUUUUCUGGGAGAUCUCUCAAAUCUUGUGCCAUGGGAAUUAUGUUUAAAUCCCCAGAGUGGUCAGAGUCAGAAUGUUGCUAAAACACUGAGAGAUUUCUACUUCAAUGGAGAUGCAACUGUACAAGAAAAUAUCGAAAAUCACGUAAAGUUUCUUGGAGAUAAAUACUUCUGGCAUGGUCUGUGGCGUGCUGUACGCUUUAGAUGCAACAACGCUCCAGAGAUUCCAACGUAUCUCUAUCGCUUUAAUUUCGAUUCACCUGAAUUCAACUUCCUUCGUGUACUCCUGUGUGGCGAAGGGGUGCGCGGGACUUGCCACGGAGAUGAUAUUAGUUACAUCUUCAAGUCAGGCAUGGUGGAAAAAGUUCCCGAAAUUGGGAGUCCAGAGCACAAAGUGAUUGAACAAAUGGUAGCCAUGUGGACUACAUUUGCCACCAAUGGGAAUCCCAAUUGUGCUGAAAUAGCUCCAACAAAGUGGUUGCCUGUUUCACCGAAUGGACCACCAUUCCGUUGUCUCAACAUCGCGGAUGAAGUAACUUUUUGCCUCCUACCUGAAACGGAGAGAUUAGCCGUGUGGGACUCUCUCUACAGCCGUGAUCAAUUAAUUUGAUGCAAUUCGAAAAAUGGACGAUACCGUAGCAGCGAUAUACUUGGCAAUUAGUGCCUCUUAUUGGAUUAUUGGAUGACAAUUUUGCUAACAAAUUGUCUUUAACCUAAACAGUGUUAACCGAAAAUUAUAAAUAGCUUCACAAUAAAUUUUUUACUCACGCAUUUUUUUUUAUUAAAAUG